UACUUCAACUCGUAGAAUAUAUAAAAUUUGGAAAAGACAUGCUGAAGGCAUACCCUUGCGCAAACAGCAACUAAUAUAUAGUGUUGUUUCUUCUGAAAUAAUGUUUGAAAAUAAUACUUUGGAUAGAAAGUCAAAGAAAAGAAAUCUAGGAUCCAGUUCUAGAUCUGUUCGGAUAUCUGAUUCAGUAAAUAUUCCAAUAAAAAAAAUAGUUGAAAUGGAUAAUUUACAAGCUACGCUUGCACAAAAUCACAAAGAAAGAGAAGAAGCUAAACGUGAGAUAAAAAGAGUUUUAGAUUCCAACUAA